AUGGAAUCAAACCUGUUUAUUCCUCUUACAAUACAAGCAAGAAAGACAAAAAAUGGAAAUUCAUUAGCAACACAAGAAUCAACAACUGAAACAGGAUCAACAAAUGAAGAAUCAAUUACAAACACACUAUUAACAACAACAAAUAAACAAUCAACAACAAAAAUAACAACACCAGAGAUGAUAAAAACAACAACAACAGCUAUCAUAACCAGUAAAACAAUAUCCACAACAACAACAGCGUCAACAAUAACAAUAUUUUCAACAACAUCAGCUUCAACAUCAUCAACAACAACAUCAACAACAACAUCAUCAACAACAUUAUCAAUAACAUCAUCGACAACGUCUUCAACAACAGUAGAAACAUCACCAACAAUAUCAGAAGCAUUAUCAACAACAGUAGAAACAUCGCCAACAACAUCAGAAACAUCACCAAUAACAUCAGAAGCAUUAUCAACAACAGUAGAAACAUCGCCAACAACAUCAGAAGCAUUAUCAACAACAUCAGAAGCAUUACCAACAACAGUAGAAACAUCACCAACAACGUCAGAAACAUUACCAACAACAUCAGAAACAUCAUUAGAAACAACAUCAGAAAUAUCGACUACUUCUACAACAACAACAGUAAUAACAACAUCGUCAUCAACAACAGUUUGUCUCAUAUCUUCUCAAUCAUCAUGGUCACAAACUGCAACUACUAUAUUUGGCAGCCAAGCAGGUACAUCUGGCUCUACUCUUUCACUUAUUUCUGGUCCUACUGGAAUGUAUUAUGACGGAUCUAAUAAUCUAUUAACUAUUACUGAUCUUGGGAAUCAACGUAUUCUACAAUUUUCUCUCAAUAAUCCGCCUUCAGCUGCAACGGUAAUUGCUGGAGGUAAUGGGCAUGGUUGCAACAUGAAUCAGUUUCGUAGUGUUGAUGGAAUAAGUGUUGAUAAUUCUGGUCAAUUUUAUAUAGGAGAUUACGAUUGCGGUCGAUUUGUUAGAUUUCCAUCAAAUUCAAAUUCGGCGACAAAUGGAACACUUCUCAGUUCUUCAAAUGCAAUAGCAGAAGUAUUUAUAAAUCCAUUGACUAAUGAUGUCUAUUUCGUUGGCGCUGUUAAUAAUGCGAUAUAUAUGUUUGUUGGAGGGAGUGGAUCACAGGUGACUGUUGCAGGUGGCAAUGGUGGUGGAGAUGCCUUAAAUCAGUUGUCGGGUCCCAAUGGUGUUUACUAUGAUUAUUUAUAUACAAAUGCUUUGUACGUUGCCGAUAGUAAUAAUCACCGUGUAAUGAAAUUCCCAUCAGGUUCAACAAGUGUAACUUUUGGAACGGUUGUUGCUGGAGGUCAUGGAGCUGGAAGUGGAGCGAAUCAGUUCAAUAGUCCAAGAUCUAUACUGGUCGACAGUAGUGGAACUCUUUAUAUAGCUGAUGGAAAUAACCAUCGUGUUCAACGUUGGCCGCUAAAUGCGAUUAGUGGUACUACCAUCGUUGGUACUGGUACAUCAGGAACAGCAGCGAACCAACUCAAUGUGCCUGAACAAAUUCUCUUUGAUAAAUAUAAUAAUCUAUUGGUUGCUGAUAGAUAUAAUAAUCGAAUACAACUCUUUAACUUAACAACAUGCUAA